GAAAAAAGGUAGGGAUAGGUCACGUCCCAAAAUGGAUCCGUUUCGUGAACAAAAACCACCCGAAAAUGCUCCAAAAUAAGGCGGAGUCGCGGGUGAACUGCUGAAGUGUACCUGCACCUCCCCAGUCCUCUGCUCGACUUCCACGCUCGGAAAGCCCUAGUUCCAAAUCCUGAGCUGCACGAGUCGCCAAUCGAUCGAUGAGAGCUGAAGUUUGGAUUCGAAUGCGUCGUCUGUCGCCCUAACGAGCCCGCAGAAACACCAAUUUUGGAGAUUACCAUGGACGCCAAGGACAUUCUUGGGUUGCCGAAGACUUCUUUGCCUAUAACUCAGGAGAAGAAGUCUAGACCUCAGAAGGAGUCUCAGAGAAAACCGGAUGGAAUCUCUCGAGAGGUUUACGCGCUUACAGGUGGUUUGGCGCCUCUUAUGCCAGCGAUAGACGUUUCACAGUUGAAGCGGCGGCCGCACCUGGAGGAGAAGAUCACCUGGCAGUGGCUUCCUUUUACAAGUUCUGCUCGAACUGAUAAUUUGCAACUUUAUCACUGGGUCAGAGUUGUAAAUGGUGUUCCACCAACAGGUGACUAUUCAUUUGCCAAGUAUAACAAGUCUGUUGACAUCGUCAAAUACUCGGAUGAGGAGUAUGAGAAAUAUUUGACUGAUUCUACGUGGACCAAAGAAGAGACAGAUCAAUUGUUUGACUUGUGCAAGCAGUUUGAUCUCCGCUUCAUUGUGAUAGCAGAUAGAUUUCCAUCGUCUCGAACCGUGGAGGAGUUGAAGGAUCGAUAUUAUAGUGUAUCUCGAGCUAUUAUAACUGCCAGAGCGUCGUCUCCAGGUGAUGUUUCUACGCACCCACUUGUUAAGGAACCAUACAAUGUUAAACAAGAGAUUGAGCGCAAGCGUGCAUUGUCCAUGGUCCUCUCUCAAACAAAGCAGCAAGAGAGAAAAGAUGCUGAGGUUCUAGCUGAAGCAAAAAGAAUAACUGAGUCACGCAUGGUUACAAAAGAUGCCGAAGAGCCCGAGUUGCAUGUCACAUCAAAUACUUGUCCAGAAAGUACCGAGAGAACUACUGCACCUGUUGAUAAUGUGUCACCUUCUUCAAAUGUUCAGCUUCCUUCUGCAAAUGUUGCACCUCCAACGGCAGUGGCAGAUAAUGCCUCCACUCUAGCUUCACUCCGCAUGCUUCGCAUGUACUUGAGAACGUAUGCACUUGAGCAAAUGGUGCAAGCUGCAAGCUCCACUGCUGGCCUUCGGACAAUCAAAAGGGUUGAGCAAACAUUGCAAGAUCUUGGGGUUAAUUUAAAGCCAAAGGUUCCAACAAAAGCAGUUUGUGCUGAGCAUCUUGAGUUAAGAAAAGAAAUAUUGACGCUGCUGAACCUUCAGAAACAGGUGCAAUAUAAGGAGGCUGAAAGCUCAUCUCUUCGUGAUGGUUCAUAUGCUGAAACCCCAAGCACACCCAAGCGUUUGCACCGAGGUGGGGAGCAGGACCGGACAUUCAUUCCAGACACCGCAAAUUUUGGAGGGGAAAGAGUUGGUAAAAGGGACCAGAAACGUAAGGCUCCUGGAAGGUUAUCAGAAACACCAUCAUCACCUGCUCAGUCUAAAAGGGCUCGAAAGUUGAAAGCUACAGAUGCAUAAUACAUUAGCAGUGCCAUGUAUUCAGGCUUUGCAAAUGCCUCUAUGCUGGGCUUGAUUGGGAAACAAGAUUUGGGUGGAAAUGCCCUAAGAGCCUGGUGGUAUGCUAUGGGAAGCAGAAGCUGAAGUCUCAGUUCGUGUGAGUUUGUGGGUGUGUUCGACCAUUACAGAGAACGAAUGAAGGUCCAUGCUGACAGAAUUUUUCAAUUAAAAGACGCGACAUCAAACAUCAUUGCUUCUGGUUAGAAAAUCAGACACCUUACACAUUGUGCUUUACAUAAUUGUUGUACAAAAUGAAUCUAAAGUUGUGUUCUGAUAGGAGCUGGAAAAUUGCUUUGUAUAAGUGUUUUUUCUUUUUCUUAUUUUUUUGGUAGUUUUUUUGGCAGGUUUGGAUCUAUUUUUUCCAAUGUUGUGUAAAUAUGGUUGGUUGGGAGCAAAAUUCAGUUGGUCUUUUUCCAGAUUAAGGUGCUCAAUUCAUUCUUGUGCAGAAUCGAUCUAAUGGAUGGGGAAAUUAUAGAAUUUGAUUUUUAGUA